AUGGCAAUGCCCGACGCUGGCUGGGCUGCUUCUCUCCGGCUGAGCGGUUCUUCCAGAGGGAACUGGGACGGGGAGGGGUGGGCCCGUGGCGUCCCCUCCUGUGGCCCCGGGAAGCUGGACUUCUCAGUGGCAGAUCGGUUGACCCGGCUGACCCUGAAACUCCUGGAGGAGAAGCUGAAGCAAGAGCGCGAGGAUGUGGAAGUGGAUUCUGAGGACCCCCAGCUCACGCCCGGAAAUGAGGACGGGCCAGAGGCCGCCCUGCGGAGAGCCCUGAGGAUGAGGAAGGACCUUCUGCAGAGACUCUGGGAACAGCACCUCCUGGAAGAGGUCUCCCGGGCCCGCGCCUGGAGGGGGCUGGACGGAGGAACCCGUGGGUCAGUGCUGCCCCCAGAGGUGCCCCCCGUGGGUGUCCACCCCGCUGUCUCCCCGGCCGCACCCACCCCGGACCCACUGCAGAUCACCCAACACCCAGCACCCCCGCCUCCCACCACCAUCAUCCAGCCUCAGCAGCCACUCAUCGCACAGAUCCCCCCUCCCCAGGCCUUCCCCACUCAGCAGUCAGGAAGCGUCAAGGAAGACGUGGUGGAGAUGAUGCUGAUGCAGAGCGCGCAGAUGCACCAGAUCCUCAUGCAGAACCUGAUGCUCAGAGCCCUGCCCCCGUCAGCACUCGCACCCGCCCCCCCGCGCCUCCCCCCGCAGAAAUCCAUGCACCUCUGUAGCUCUGAAAAGCAUUACUGGCUCCAGCUCUGUGCUCCAGCUUGA